AUGAAGCAGCGGGAGGGAGACGGGCCCGGGCAGCCGGUGCCCCCCAGCUACGCCGGGGAUCGGCCGCGGGCGGGCGGGAAACUGCUGCUGGGGGGCGGCCGGGCCCCCCCGCGCUGGCUGCGCGUCGCCACCGUCUGCGCCUAUUUCCUCUGCGUCUCGCUGGCCGCGCUGCUGCUGGUGAUUUACUACGGGCUGGUGUGGACGCCGCGGGGCCCCGGCGCGGAGAACGGCACCGAGCCCGGCCCGCAGGCCCCGCAGCUCUGCAACCACAGCGGGCCGGGGCCGGAGCCGGGGCUGCAGGAGGCGGCGGCGAAGGGGGGCCCGGGCGGCGGCCCGCGGCCCGCGCAGGAGGAGCGGAGCGGGCAGCAGGGCCCUGCGGGGCGCACGGGCUGGAGAGGCCGCGACGGGACCCACUGA